CCCGGCCCUUUCCGCCGCGCCGCUUCCGCCGCUUGGCGCUGUGGGCGGCGGCCGCUUGCUGCCCUGUGGCAGGAGCCCCCCGCAGCCGCCCCGCCGCUCCCCGCCGCCCGCACGAAGCCCCCCGGCCGCGGCGCCGGGCUCCGGCCGCCAUGAAGCUCGUCAGGUUCCUAAUGAAGCUGAGCCACGAGACCGUCACCAUCGAGCUGAAGAACGGGACGCAGGUGCACGGAACCAUCACGGGAGUGGAUGUCAGCAUGAAUACUCAUCUCAAAGCAGUCAAAAUGACGCUGAAGAACAGAGAACCCGUACAGCUGGAGACGCUGAGUAUUCGAGGGAACAACAUCCGCUACUUCAUUCUGCCGGACAGUUUGCCGCUGGAUACUUUGCUAGUGGAUGUUGAGCCAAAAGUCAAGUCCAAGAAGAGAGAAGCAGUCGCUGGAAGAGGCCGUGGCCGAGGACGUGGGAGAGGCCGGGGCCGUGGAAGAGGAAGAGGGGGCCCGAGACGAUAACUUCUCACCACACAACUGUUACCAAAUUGUGGGCAAUUUUGGAUUUUUUUUUGUACAGGUCUUGUUUAUGGUAUCUGUUUUUAAUAAACUGAAAAGUGAAAAA